AUGCCAAAGAAGGGCUCCCAGUCGGUGAGCGAAUUAUUGUGCACGGAAAUUAAGGAAACCCCAUCACAAACAGGUGGUCCUUAUGUACAUAUCGGUUUAUUGCCACAACAAGCCAAUAUUGAAGUAUUUGAACAUAGCUUCGAUAACCAAUUGGUGAAACAACACACUCAAGGCCAACGUAUCCGCAUCGAAGGUCAAGUGUUUGAUGGACUGGGUUUACCAUUAAGAGAUGUAUUGCUGGAAAUCUGGCAAGCCGAUGCCAAUGGGGUUUAUCCAAGUCAGGCCGAUACCCAAGGCAAAACAGCCGAUGCUCAUUUUCAGGGACGUAAAGGCUCAACCCAAGCACCACAUAUUGCAGUCGCACUAUUUGCUCGUGGAAUCAACAUUGCAAAAACCAAAGAACAAGCCUUAGCACAGGCAAAAAUCAUUGCCAGCAAUCCAGAUGCUGAUUUGGCAGAGUUCCGCAUAGAUCUACUCAACUUUGCCAGUGACACUAAGCAAGUGAUUGCUUUAGGACAUGAGCUUAAACAGAUUUUAGGGGCUAAACCGAUGAUCGCCACCAUUCGUACCCAUAACGAAGGCGGGCAACUGACCAUCAGCGAUGCAGAUUAUGACAAAAUCUAUCAAGCUUAUUUACGCCAACCCUUUAUGGACAUGCUGGAUGUUGAAAUGUUCCGAGAUCAGCAAGUGGUGAAAAACACCGUUAAAUUGGCACAUGAGAAAAAAGUAUUGAUUGUGAUGUCCAAUCACGAUUUUAAAAAGACCCCUGAUGAAGCAGAAAUCGUUCAACGCUUGCUUAAACAAGAUCAGCUUGGCGCAGAUAUUCUUAAAAUCGCAGUGAUGCCACAAAGCAAACAAGAUGUGUUUACUUUGAUGAAUGCGACCUUAAAAGUCAGCCAACAAUCUAAAAAACCAUUACUCACCAUGUCGAUGGGUAAACUCGGGACUAUUUCUCGAAUUGCCACAGCCAAUAUGGGCGGCAGCUUUAGUUUUGGCAUGAUUGCGGUUUCUGGUUUGGCAAUGGCGGAAAGCUAUGUGGUGGAUCGUUAUCAAGAUGAUCAUGAAAAAGGUUCAUUGCGUUGGGCGAUUGAGCAAGCCAAUAGCAAGCCGAGUGAAGCCAGUGAGAUUCUGAUUCAAGCGGUUGGGCAAGCGCCUUAUGCCAUUAAGGUCAACAGCCCACUGCCAGAAAUUAAAGCGCCCGUACAGGGGUUGAAGCUUGCCCGGGUGCGGUUGAAGGGCAGUUCGGAACCAAUGUUCGUACCACAACUUUACCGGGUAUUGUGUUACGUGACAUCAACGGGCAAUAACCUGAUCCAAAAUAACCGUAUUAUGCACAACUAUGGCGGUGCAGGGGUGAUGUUGACAGGGGAUGAUGGCAAAGGGAAUCCGACUGCGACCACCACCAAUAACAACAAAGUGCUAAAUAACUAUUUCCAAGACAAUGGUGAUGGACUUGAGUUAACCCGUGGUGCUGCAUUUAACUUGGUUGCCAAUAACCACUUUAUUUCAACUGCUGCAAACCCAGAGCCAUCACAAGGCAUUGAAAUUCUAUGGGGCAAUGACAAUGCCGUGAUUGGCAACAAGUUUGAAAACUAUUCAGAUGGUUUACAGAUCAACUGGGGCAAACGCAAUUAUAUUGCCUAUAACGAACUCACCAAUAACUCCAACGGCUUUAACCUCACCGGUGAUGGCAAUAUUUUUGACAGCAAUAAAGUCCAUGGCAAUCGAGUCGGUGUUGCCAUUCGUUCAGAAAAAGAUGCUAAUGCGCGUAUCACAUUAACCAAAAAUCAAAUUUGGAAUAAUGGCAAAGACAUCAAACGCUGUGAAGCGGGUGGAAGCUGUAACAUGCGCACUUUGUCGGUUCACGUGGUCAUGGUGUAA